CCAAUCAAACAGAUCAGUAUUUAACUAUGCUCUUCGAAAAGGUGCACAUUUUUCUAAUAUGUCUUAUGUUUUUGGAAGUUGAAAGCACUUUGAUGGAGAGUCGUCAAAAAUUUCUAGAUACGGAAUCUGCGAAAAUGGAUUUAAUUCAAUUGGACGGCGAAUUAAUUGAUAGUCUAAUGAAUUACGCCGACAAAAUGGAUGAGAAGGCUUCCCAACUAAAGAGAAUUGCUCAGGAACUAAGACAACCUUUGCAGGCUGCGAAAGGUAGGGAAGAGGAGUACUUGGGCAAUCCUCUCCACAGUUUUCCACUCAUUCGACACAUGUACCAGGAUUGGCUGUACCUGGAAGAGUUUAUAAAGAAACCAGUGGGAGAAGAAGAAAUCCAAUUUCUAAGAAGAAAGUUACCCGAAUUGCCCUGGCAGGCGGACACCGAGGAAGCCAGCGUUUCAAUCUUCCGAAUAGCCGAAACCUAUGGAAUGAUGCCCUGGGAAAUAGCCAACGGUCUCAUCGACAAUGUUCGGUUCAACUUCACAAUGUCAGCACUGGAUUGUUUCGAAGUCGCGAAGUUGUACUUCAAGUGGGGCUACUUUAAGCAGGCAUUACAGUGGAUGAGCAUCAGCAAAGCUCGGAUGAAAGAGGAGUACUCCGGGGUUUAUGAGGUGCUGGGAAUGACUAGCCAGGAUGUGGCCCUGCUGCAGGCUCGCUGUUUAGUGGAAUUGGACCUGAGGGAUGAAGCCCACGAGGUACUUCUGGAUCAGCCUGAUCUCGCAGAGAAUUCGAUUAGAUUGCUGGACCAAUUCAAGGCCAAUCCUUACGAGGCAGUAGAUAGAUCGCCCAAGUUGGGUGAAGACUACAAGAGACUGUGCCGUUCCUCGUUCUCUCCGACCCCUUUAAAACUGCACUGCCGCUACAACAGCACCACCUCCCCCUUCCUGAUCUUGGCUCCCCUCAAAAUGGAGGAGAUCUCUCUGGAGCCCUAUAUAGUGAUGUACCAUGACAUCCUGCCGGAUAAGGAUAUCCAGCAGUUAAUAACCUUGGCGGAGCCACUACUGAAACCCACUGAAAUGUUUGAUGAAAAUAAGAAUGAGGCAAAGAGCAGUGACCGCCCAGCCCUCGGUGGACUACUUUUGGAUCGCUUGAAUGAGAGGAUGGGGGAUAUCACUGGACUACAGAUCCCCCAGGGAAACCCCAUUAAUAUUAUCAAAUACGCCUUUGGAGCUCACUCGGAAACUGAAGGAUAUGGUGAUCGGAUGGACACCGUUAUGUUUUAUCUAAAUGAUGCUCCUUAUGGAGGUGCCACUGUCUUCCCGCACUUAAAUGUUAAAGUACCUGCCGAACGGGGAAAAGUUCUGUUGUGGUACAAUCUGAAUGGCGACACCCAGGAUGUGACCACUGUGCACGCCGCUUGUCCAGUCUUUCAUGGCUCCGAAUAUGUAAUAGCAACCCAUAUACAGUGAGGAAAAUAUAUAUAAUAUUAUAUUUAUAACUUAAGAUAAAA